GUGUCGCAAAAAAGGAUACACGAAUGUUGCUGACAGCUUUACGGAACGCGAUACGUGGCAAAAGCAAAGAUCAUCUAAAAGAAUUACUCAUCAAUUCGAAAGGAGGUGGUGCUACAGCCGGCAAAGCCAUGAGUGCGGCAGAAAAUCAGCAGCAACAGCAGUCACCGCAAAUGGGAAAGAACAAACCACAAAAAGGUGAUAAGCCAAUUGUUUUGAGAAAGGAACGUCAGCAACAGGCAGCCAAGAAGAAAGCUGUUCCCUACAUCCCUGGGACUGUAACUUUACAAAUUUUAGGUGGCGGUGCGAAUGGUUCACCCGCCUCGGUUUAUUUGUUUACCGAUCAAUCGCGCUAUCUGUUCAAUUGUGGUGAGGGUACACAACGUUUGGCCCAUGAACAUAAAACUAAAUUGGCACGACUGGAACAGAUAUUUGUUACACGCAACACAUGGCCCACAAUUGGAGGUAUACCUGGUUUGGCGUUAACAGUGCAGGAUGCUGGUGUCAAAGAGCUGUCCUUACAUGGUCCACCAUAUAUCGAUAAUAUUCUGAUGUCCAUGAAGAAGUUUGUGGUAUUGAAAAGUUUACAGCUUAAAACUGUCGACUGUACAGUGUCACAAGAUUUCGAGGAUUCUGUAAUGAAUGUCAAAUGUUUGCCAUUAUAUAGGGCAAAGGCAAAUGGCGAUGUUACAGAAAUCAAUAACCAAGAAUCUGUGGUCAUCUCCUACAUAUGUACCUUAAAACCCCGCCCUGGUCCAUUAAAUCUCGAAAAAUGUGUUGAACAUGGUGUGCCGCCAGGCCCUCUCUUGGGUCUUUUGAAAAAUGGCAUUGAUGUCACCUUGGAAAAUGGCACUGUGGUCAAAUCUGCAGAUGUCAGUGAACCAAAUGAGAAUCCAUUGUCAUUUAUCUUUCUCGAUAUACCCUCAGUGGAAUUUUUGGAAAAUUUAGAAAAACAUCACGAUUUGUUGGUCAAUGCCCGCAUUAAUCCAGACAAUACCCCUGAAUUGGCUUUGGUGGUACACUUUACCCCUGCAGAAGUAUUGGAGAAUAAUGUUUACAAAACAUUUUUGGAAAAGUUUGCACCCUCGACACAACACAUCUUCUUGAAUGCAUCACAGAAUACCUUUUCGGGUUAUAUAGCCGCCCAUCGCAUACAAUAUCAGCUGAAUCAAUUAAAUCCCAAAGUUUUUCCGAUUUUGGCGGAGGCAACAAAUCUUUUGGGUGGCCUAAGUAGUAAAAUGAAGAAAACCAAGCUAGAUGAUGUGGAGGAUGGGGAUGCUGUUAAUGAAAUGGAACCCAUUUCUAGAUAUUCUGAAUGUUCUGGAUUCGAGCAGAGGUUAAAUGAUUUGAAUACAAUGAGUGUUUAUCAUUUGAGGCCAAGGAAGGGUUUGGAUCGAACAGCUGAAGCCAAACUACAACCCAGUGAAUAUAUUAAUGAAACUCAAAUUUUACCCGAUUUCCCUGGUAUGUUGGAAAAACUUAAAGUUGAUAUGAAAGCAACAUCCUCCUCUGCUCAAAGUCCAAAUGCAAAAUAUCCCAUUAUAACAUUCCUUGGUACUGGAUCCUGCAUACCUAACAAGACACGUAAUGUUAGUUCCAUACUGGUACAAUCUCAUGAAAAUUGUUAUGUCCUCUUGGAUUGCGGUGAAGGCACCCUGGGUCAGAUACAACGAAUGUUUGGCAUGACCAAAGCAAAGGAUAUUAUACGAAAUUUAAAAAUUAUUUAUGUUUCACAUUUACAUGCCGAUCAUCAUAUUGGCUUAAUUGGUUUGCUAACCGAACGCAUAAAGUUAUCAGGUGAAUUGAAAGAGCAUCUAAAGAAAGUUUUGGUAAUGGCACCAAAACAAAUUGAACCCUGGUUAAAUUUCUAUCAAAAUUGUAUAGACAAUAUAAAAGAUGCUUAUGAGCUGAUUGGCAAUGCUGAUAUGUUGGAUGAGCCAAUGAAUCUGAAAGAAACGCAUCAAGAUUUGGGAAUUGAUGCUAUACAAACCUGUAUGGUCAAACAUUGUCCACAUUCAUUUGGUGUUAAGCUAAGUAUUACUCCCGUUGAUGGCACGCAGCAAGAAGAACCCAUAACUGUGACCUAUAGUGGUGAUUCAAUGCCCUGUAAAGAUCUUGUAGAUUUGGGUCUAAAUUCUACAAUACUCAUACACGAAGCCACCAUGGAAGAUGAUUUGGCAGAUGAGGCAAAAAUUAAAAUGCACAGCACAAUAUCUCAAGCCAUACAACAGGGCCAGGCAAUGAAUGCCAAACAUAUUAUCCUAACACAUUUCUCUCAACGUUAUGCCAAGUUGCCACGUUUAUCGGUGGACGAGAAUAAUAGCUGUACAAUGUCGAAUGUUUCGAUAGCCUUUGAUAAUAUGCAAAUAUCAUUGGAUGAUUUGCACAAUUUCCAUUUAAUGUAUCCGGUAAUGCGUUCUCUGUUUGCCGAACAUGCUGAGGAGUUGGAACAGAAGGCCUUAAAGCGUGAAAUGAAAUUGGAAAGAAAAAGGAAAUUAAUGAGCACAUAA